GCAUCCGUUCAAACACGCUGUUACUUAGUCUGAAGCUGAAUACUCAUCAAGCACAGGACCUCCGCGCAAUGGCUUCGAUGACAAAUCGAGUGGAACAGCCUUCGCCCGCGGAACGUCCGGACUGAGCAUGCGUGGACUCUGGGUGCGUUCAGCGACGGUUGAAUCCCGUAGCAUAACAGUUGUGAGAGUCGUGCAUAGACAUAGAACACUCCUGGCGACCCUGGCCACACGGAUGCUCUCCUGAACGUAUCCUACUCCAUCCGGCUGCAGUGCGCACGCUCUGUGGUCACGGUCUGUGAGCAGACGACAGAACAGGUUACGUGCCUGUUAGGUUUUGUUUACUUUGUUUACGCACUUUGUCUUUGAGUUUACGAUGGAUUUUGCUUGAGACAGUGAAUCAGUGACAACUGCUCGGUUGUGCAAUCUACGUUUUUCUGCGUUGGACUGCGUUUGACUGUCAGUGUCACUCGUCGUAAAACGACUGUCACAGCUUGACACGACAGCAGGACGCAUACACAUCUCGAAAGAAGCAGCUGCUGAUUCCCCACAAUCAUGGAAACCGAAAUUCUUGUGAUUUCGGCGGUAGUCGCAGUCGUUCUCCUUUUGGUGUGUUAUCGAAAGCGGAGGAAAGUCGUUGAUGCAGCCGCCACAAGUCGUCAGGAGGUGGUGGAGGACUUCGUUUCAUCCUCAGCCGCCCAGACUACGGAAAGCGGUAACAGCAUCCUCCAGCUUUUUAAGGACGACGACGUAGCUGCUAUCGCAGACAGGUUCAACAGUCUGGAGGAGGUCAGCGACACCAUGCGCAGGGCUGGCCUGGAGUCGUGCAACCUCAUCUUCGGUAUUGACUAUACUGGCAGCAACUACAUGCAGGGUAAAAAGACGUUUGGUGGAAAAUGUCUCCAUCAUAUUGACUCUUCAGAGCUCAACCCAUACCAAAAGGUGAUCUGCAUUCUUGGUGAAACCCUGGAACCGUUUGAUGACGAUGGCUCUAUUCCAACCUACGGCUUUGGCGACACAUUUACACGAGAUCAUUCUGUCUUCUCGCUCAGCAACAUGGGACCGUGCCACGGUUUUCAGGAAGUGCUGCGUCUGUACAACGAGAUCACUCCCAAGGUCCGCCUCGGUGGUCCCACCAACUUCGCGCCCCUCAUACGACAGGCCAUCGACAUCGUCAAGAAGAAUAAAUCUUUUCACAUUCUGGUCAUCGUGGCCGAUGGGCAAGUGACUGCAGAGCGCGAUACCACUGACGCUAUCGUGGAAGCCUCCAACUGGCCCCUGUCGAUCAUCAUGGUCGGCGUGGGUGACGGCCCCUGGGACACCAUGAAAGACUUCGACGAAAAGCUGCCCAAACGCCGCUUCGACAACUUCAAGUUUGUCAACUUCAACAUCGUGGUGAACGAGACGAAGAACCCACAGGCUGCGUUCGCGUUGCACGCUUUGAUGGAAAUUCCUGACCAGUUCAAAGCCAUACGACGCCUGGGGCUGCUGGAUUUGAUUGAGUGAUCGAUGCUUUUAGAAGUUAGUUGAUGCUGUACGUGCUAAGUAUAUAUAAAUGUGCUUGAGAGAUGAAGUUGACGGUCGCCUUACUAUCACUCAUACAGCUGCAUGGUUAAAACGCACCAGAGUGGACUUAACAUUCAACUGCACGUUUUGACUAAGCACUGAACAGAAUUUAAAAUGAUUUAAUGAUCGAUGCGGUUUUAAUUCCUAAACCGCUCGUUCAUCCCGUUACCGUAUCAGUUACCUUCAUUUCUUUCUUUCCGACACAAAAGAGAGAUCAUGUGGUGACACUUUCUAAGUGUUUUCCACUCGUUACAAUAUAUCAUUAUUUCUGUUCUUUACUUAUGCAUCCGCAUAUCUUACAUUCUUUAUGAGCAUAAAUACAACAUAUAUUUGGAAGUUUGCAUACGGUGCAGUUUGUGUAACGAUUAAGUCUGCAUAAAUGGAGUACAUAAUAUAAUGAAGUUUGCAUAAAUGCGGGGUACACUGAAUUCAUUGAUGCGGAACCUAAUAUGUGUAAACAUGUAUUGAGGUGCGUUAAAUGAAGUCUGUAUUAUUGCAGUGCAUGUAUUGUCAUCCAUAACCAAAAUUAAUAUUUAACUCUUCUAGGUUUUUUACUAUUGUAAAUUUGUCUGCCUUGUAGACACCAUCUUCUUCGUUAAACUUUUUUCGAUAUCAUGAUGCAUCAGGAAGAAAGGGAAUAUAUCGUACUGUAGAUCUCUUUUAAAAGACUUUUACUCUUUUUUUUUUAACUGAGUAUUAAUCUAUAUAAUAUACGUUUCAUUGGAAAGAGAAAUUUUCGUUGGUUGCAUGGUGUGUGUAUUUUCACAUUAUUUUUAAAGUGUUGUUCUCUAUUAGAAAUUCUAAUAUUUAUGUGCUAACUUUCUCAGUAAAUUGUUGUAUCCCUAUAA